AUGGGUAAAGGAACGGACAAGCUUUACAUCACACACUCCGAGUGGGCAUCGGAAGAUGCAUUCUCAGCCAGCGCAGGCGCUGGUGUCGCCCGAGCUCGACAAUCAGGCUCACAUGCGACUUUCAAGCGACUACCGUUCAAUUUCUGCUCCCUCUCUCUCCAGCCUUUUUCGCAUCCGGUCUGCACACACACAGGAACCAUUUUCGACCUGACCAACAUAUUGCCUUGGAUCAAAAAGCAUGGGACAAAUCCGGUAGAUGGAUCGCCACUCAAGAGCUCCGACCUGAUCAAGCUCACCAUUGCGAAGAACGAGGAUGGCGAAUAUGUCGAUCCCGUGACUUACAAGGUCCUGACCGACAACACACAUAUCGUUGCACUGCGAAAUACGGGAAAUGUCUUCUCCUGGGAUACCGUGGAGCGAUUGAAUAUCAAGGGGAAAAUGUGGCGUGAUCUCGUCACGGAUGAGGAGUUUACUCGCAAGGAUAUCAUUACCUUGCAGGACCCGCAAAAUAUCGAGUCGCGCAACCUCAGCUCAUUCAACUACUUGAAAGAAGGUGAAACGGAUAUUCCUGGACAGACUCAACCCACUGGAAGUGUCAAUGCCAAUGCGCUAGGCAGUUCCGCGAAGAUUUUGAAGGCAAAGGAAGCGGUUGCCAAGGCGCGUGCGGAACGAGCUCAGCAGGCCGGCUCCGCUGCUUCGAAGGCAGUGUCUAAGACAGGCGCUGCUGGCACAGGUCUCUCCAAAUCGGGAACAGCACAACAAGGGAAACCUACUCCAUAUAACGCGGCACGAUUCACGACUGGCAAGGCCGCGGCUUCGUUCACUAGCACCGGAUUGACGCCCCAUACAUCAGCUGAACUUGCGGUUCUAUCAGAAGAAGAGUACAUGCUUAAGCGAGGGCGGGUAAAGGCAAAGGGAUAUGCGCGGAUUGACACUACUGCCGGGCAUCUGAAUGUGGAGUUAUACGCGGAAUAUGCCCCAAAGGCCGUGUGGAAUUUCAUCCAGCUGGCCAAGAAGGGCUACUAUAAGGAUGUCACCUUUCACCGAAAUAUCAAGGGUUUUAUGAUCCAAGGUGGUGACCCAACUGGUACUGGACGAGGCGGCGAGAGCAUUUGGGGCAAGUACUUUGCCGAUGAGUUUGAGGGGCCGUUGAAGCAUGAUGGACGCGGCACGCUCAGUAUGGCCAACAAGGGCAAGAACACGAACAGCAGUCAAUUCUUCUUCGCCUACCGAGCCCUGCCUCACCUUGACCGCAAGCAUACCGUCUUUGGUCGACUCAUUGAUGAUCCUUCUCCCUCAUCUACUACUCUCAACACUCUCGAAACACACCCCGUGGAGGCAAACACCAACCGACCCACCCCGGAAGUUCGUAUCAAAGACGUGACCAUCUUCGUGGACCCAUUCGAGGACUUCCUCAAGCAGAAGCGUGCGGAAGGGGCCAAAGACACUGGCGCCGCAGACGCCGAUGGCGAUGAAGCCGUUCAAUGCGUAGACGACGACCGUGUUACUUGGACCGGCAAGCGGGUCCGGGGCGCUGGCACGGAUUCCAAUGCGGAGGGGGCCGGCGGUGUUGGUAAAUACCUCAAAGCCGCCCUGGCCGAUCGAGGCGACGAGGAAGAUGAGAUUGUGGAAUUUGUGGAUGAUGAACCCGAACCCGAACCGGUUCGCAAGAAGGCCAAGGGCACGGGCGGUUUUGGAGACUUUAGUUCGUGGUAA